AUGAACGCUUUACAAUCUAUUGGAGGCAUUACGCUCCAUGAACUGUCGAGAAAGCUUGAUCAACCCGAUGACCAUUUGAGGGCUUGCCGAUUUAAGGCUGCUUCACCGUAUGGAAGCGACUUCUACACAUGCACCUUUAGCCGCCUCGGCAACCUCGACAUGCAUCAUUUGAAGGAACACAUCGCGGUGGCUCAUUUGAUGAGGGUGAAAUACCGGUGCUUGCAAUGUUCUCUUGAAGUCCUCACCAGUGAUGAUGCAUCACCGAGCAGAAUGCCCUGGAACAUGGAUCGAGUUGCCAUGAAAGCACUCGACAAAUUGCAGCGAUUCUGCGAUGAUGCAAUUCAAAGCGAGAUCAAUCGUAAAAUGGAGGCUUUGCGCUACUUCGGCGCUCAUCGUAUGGCUGCUCUGCAAUUCAAUAAAGAAAAUCCAACACAAAGCAUUGGC